AUGGCGAGCCUUUGGGGUCUGUUGAAGCGCAGCCAAGAGGACGACGAAGAGCCCCAGGCCCCGUCCCAUGCCUCCUUCUGCCUGCCGCCCCUGGGGCCCGGUGCCAGCGAGUUGCGAAGUAGCAGCCGCUGCACGGCCUCCUCGCGGCCGCGCUCGCAGUCCUCGACGAGGACGCGGCGCGGUGCUGGAACGCCUUCCACAGCGACACCUCGGACGGAUCUACAUUUGCCACCCAUCUCGCGCAGUUGCACGCCGCACUCCUCGCCCUGGACACCUGCGACGGGCGCCGGUGGUGGUCUGGACCGGGCGAUGUCGGAAGUUUCGACCGUGAGUCCCAGUUCCUGCUACUUGAGCAUGUAUCAGUCGCCCGCUCAUUGUGGCACUCCAGCCCGUCGAACGAGCUGUGGAACUCCACUGCAUCACUGUGGCAGGAGUCCUCACCCAUGCGGGGGAAGCCCGAUCAUGUGGAACGAUGACUUCGCCGAUCACUCCUUGCGGAGCUGGAUGCAUCGGAACCAGGCACCAGAGCUCCUCUGGGAGCUCUUCGUGCUGUACGCCUCGCCUUUGGCCUUCACCCCGAUCGACUUCGAAUCGGAGACCGAUCGUAUUGUGGGCAGUGCGCGUGAUUCAGGGCGCCUGCAGACUGGACAGGUGCGGAUCAGCUUGGGCGCUGCCUCCAGCAGCUCGUUGACGAAGAUGCUCACGCAGAGCCACGCGCGACGCUCCGGCGGGUUGAUCCUCCACCUGGCGGCACAUGGAGAUGAGGCGGGUGGCUUGGUCUUGGAGAACAGCAAAGGCAAUGGCGAAGCCUAUCGCUGCACCCAUGAGAAGUUGAGGCAGAUCCUUCAAAUGGGUGACCGAGGUCUGCGGGGCGUGUCCCUGUUGUUUCUCAGCUCCUGCAGCUCAAAGCAGCUGGCGCAGGUUUUUCUUGAGUGUGGCUGCCAGCAUGUGAUUGCGACCAGCAGUCCGGUGCUGGACGCCACUGCCCGCGCCUUCACGGAGCGCUUCUAUGGGGCCCUCUUCGUGGGAAAGUCCAUCGUCGAGGCCUUUGAGCACACGCGGAAGGCCCUGCUCGCCAGCUCGGUCCGAGAGGUGGCGGAUCAAUCCAAUGUCUAUCAUUUGCUCUCCGCGGAAGGCGUCGGCCAAGUGGUGCCCGACGUCCCCGAGCGGCCAGAGAGGCCUGGGAGCCGGGAGAGUGAGAUCGGAGGUUUUCAGGACGCCUGCAGCUUUCAGGAACAGCUCACCUUCCUCCCUCCAGAGGUGGAAGACUUUUUUCGGCCUCCAGAGAUGCAGCAGGUGAUGAAUGUCCUUCUCAACCGUCGCGCCUGUGCGGUGCACGGCUGCGAGGGCAUCGGGAAGAGCGCGCUGCUGAUCGAGACCGCCCGCUUCGCCGCCAGUCCCGGCAGGCAGUUCUCGGGCAACGUGGUGCAUGUGAGACUCCACGAUCGAAGCAACGCCGUGAAGACCAUCAAGGAAGCCGUGGAUUUCUGUUCAGCCAGGCUGCCGUGCUUCCUGGCCGAGACCCCCGGCGGGCCGAAUGGCCAUGCGCGCUGCAUUAUUUGGCAGCUGCAGCAACUAGAGAGGCGCCAAGAUGCCGCCCGCGACGCGAUGAAAGGGGUGAAACGACCGACCUGCAGUUCUUGA